GGGAGAGAGAGAGGGAGGGAGAGAAUAAGGGAGGGAUGGUGGGAGUGAGGGAGGGAGAGAGGGAGGGAGAGAAUGAGGGGGAGAGGGAAGGAGAGAGGGAGGAAGAGAGAGAGGGAGAAAGUGAUGGAGCUGAUGCUGACACUGUACAGACAGAGAAUGUCGACUGCGAUCUGGGCAUGGAUUGUUCCGGUACUGCAGGGGACCCAGUGGUUCUGGAUCAAGGAGAGACACACUGUCUGGGUCUGAUAGAGAUCGAGGCGUUGGAGAGUGUGUUUGGCUGUUCUGCGGAAGUCCUUGAAGCGGUUGGUGAAGAUGAAGAGAAAGACUGUGUAUGUGAGGAGGAUGAUCGUGACAAACCCGUCUGGGUGUGUGAGUCUGAUGUCUCAGCAGAGCCCAGCUCGCUCUCCUCUCCAGUACACGUGGAACUACAUCGUCUUGAGAGCUUAGGGAGAUCCACUGUUUCAGUUGUCCCAGCCUUAGCCCCAGCCCCAAUACCAACCUCCACCCCAACCCCUGCAGACCUCCAGAGAGGGGCUUUCCAGUCUAAGCGAUCCGUCUCAGUCCAGAUGCCCUCCUCCUUGUCCUCCUGCUCUCUCAGCACAUCCAUUGUAUCCCAUGACAACGCCCUCCGACCCCUCCCCCAGAGUCACCUGCCAGACCGACGGAUUUCCCUCCCCAAAAGGGCGAGGUCGGACGCAGACUCAAAUUACGUCAAAGGUUCGGACUCCGCCCCCGUCAUCAUGGAAACUAACGCCACAACGCUCCCUGAGCGUCCCUCCUUCCCUCCCUCGCCCCCUCAUUGGCGGUCCCGGUACAGUUCCCAGAGGUCCGGAAGUUUCCGGAUGACGUCGACCUCCCGGGACACGGGGCCGUGUCAGGAGCGGGAGGAGGAAGGUGGGGGUGAGGACGAGGAGGUGGACGUGAGGUGGCGAGGAGCCCUGCGGGGGGGCACAGAAGCCUGCUGCUCUUGUGAACACCGCUGUAGCUGCUGUGCUCACAACAGCUGGCAGAAACAGCCCUCAACCUUCCCUUAUUCGGUGGAUGAACUAGAGGGGAUGAUGCGCUGUUUGAAAAAGUUCUGCAGUGUUCUCACUGACAUGGAGGAACGCCUGUCUGAGGACCAGGCCUCGGUCUACAGCUCGCUCUCUCUCACAGACAGGGAGGAAGUGAGGGACAUCUUGGAGCUGAGGAAUGCAGUGAAACAGGAAGCAGGAGAGUUGGAGCAGCAACUCACUGACCUGGUCCAUCACUACGACGACAGCUUCAAAAUGAAGAUGAACAGGCUCCUGGAUGAGCAAUCGUUCCUCUGCUCCCAGCUCAGGCUCCUCCCCCCUGGCACCACGCCCACACCUAGCCACACCUCCACCAGGAACGUAGCCACUCAGUGCUGCAUGUUGCCCUACUCGCCUUUGAAGAACAUAUCUGAGCCACACCUCCAGUCCUCGGGAAGUACCUGGGACUUGGACUCCAGACCGCCACUUCCUGUUUCGAACAGCAUCGACGAGGGAUUGGACGGCAGCUCCACUUCCAAGUCGGACAAACUUGACUUUGUUGGUUUAUUACAGAAACUGAAGAAGUCCUUGCGCCAUUCCGUCAACACAGACUCGUUGGAGUGAAAGCUGCCUGGCCAAAUGAAGAAAUGAAGAUGACCGGCUGUAUAGAUGUUGUAUGCCUGUAGAUAAGAUUAUAUAAUAUAUGGAUUUUUAUUUUCACUAUGGCUGUGGACUUAUCCCAUGACAAACAAAGAGCUUGAAAGGCACUGAAGGCCUAAACUCACCCAGACUCAACAUGCCAAAAUGUCUGCAUAAAGUAUCUCUAAUGUGCAAGUAUUUUGUCUUUUUCUCCUCAUGGCAUUGAAAUAACCUUGCUUGUUGGUUGCCUGUACCCCUAGAAAAACUGUGCUACGUUGACAGAAAUUGAUAUAGUUUAUCCCCCCCCAUUGUGUUACUGUCACUCACGUCAAUGUCGGAUGUUUGAAUGUGGAGUUCAAUAUUAACUUCUUUACUGCCUCUUAUAGAUGCAUACUUUACAGAAUGGAAAUGGAAAUACAGAACAUUGAGUGUCUGCGUGUGUGUGUGUUCGAACCCGGGUCAUGUCCAUAUUUGCCUUGUGGGGGGGGGGGGGGGGGUCUUCUAGGUGUGUGUGUGUGUGUGUGUGUGUGUUUAUACCGAGGAGCAGAUGUGUUUUUGUUCAACAGCUCACACUCCAGUCUUUGAGCUCUAUGUCUCCUGAGUGGUACACUGUCACGUCCAUGUGUACUUCAUCGACGUGGAGAGGGGGAAAAGCACACUUCACCCACGGCGCAGGAUAUUACCCUGACAAACACACGGGCUGGACUGUAUACAGUACACACACACACACACAGUAAGGUACAGGACAGACACCGUGUUUGUCAGGGAUGUUCUAUUCAUGUCAUGGUUGUGAAAUGUCAUUGACACUUGCAAAACUGAAGAAUUCAAGAAUAAUUAAAAUGGUACAUGGAAAAUGUCCACAGUUUCGUAUGUUAUAAAUAAUAUUGUAGCCUAAC